AUGUCCCUCCGCGAGCAUGCGCUCUCACUCUUCCGCAGCGCGGUGGGCACUGUCCGGCCAGCUCCGAUGCUGAAGAGGGUUGUGAAGCUGCAGGGAGGCAGGUGCCCUCAGCUGCUGGUGAAGGGCCAGGCCUUUCCAGUGAGGAGGGACCUGUACCUGGUGGGUUUUGGCAAAGCUGUGCUGGGGAUGGCCGUGGCAGCAGAAGAGAUCCUGGGAGACCACCUCAUCCGGGGGAUCAUCAAUGUGCCACUAGGCAUCCAGGAGAGCCUGCAGAAAAAAAAAGGAGGGGGGAUGCUGCUGAAGCCACACAGCAAAAUCCAGGUCAUCGAAGGUGCUAAGAACAAUCUCCCGGAUCCAGAGGCUCUGAAGGGAGCAGCUGCCAUCCAGGAGCUGGCUGAGGGUUUGACUGCAGAUGACCUGCUCCUCGUGCUCAUCUCAGGGGGUGGAUCAGCCCUACUGCCUGCUCCCAUCCCUCCCAUCCUCCUGGAAGAGAAGGAGAAACUGACAAAGACACUGGCUUCCCGAGGAGCUGCCAUACAGGAGCUGAACAUUGUCCGGAAGACUCUGUCCUUGCUGAAGGGUGGGGGGCUGGCCCAGCUUGCAUAUCCUGCACAGGUGGUGAGCCUCAUCCUUUCUGAUGUGAUCGGUGACCCCCUGGACAUCAUAGCAAGCGGGCCCACAGCUGCCAGCUCCCACAGCAUCCAGGACUGCCUUCAGAUACUCGCCAAAUACAGCCUGCUGCACAGCCUGCCCAAGUCAGUGGAAACAGUCCUGUCCAGCUCUCCCAUCAAGCCCACUGCUCCAGAAAACUACUCCCAUGUUUGCAACAUCAUCAUCGGAUCAAACACAUUGGCUUUAGAGGAGGCCACACGCCAAGCCGAGGGCCUGGGCUACACGGCUCUGAUUCUGAGUGCAGCAAUCUGCGGGAAAGUCAGCCGCAUCGCCACGCUGUACUGCCAGCUCAUCCGGCUGGCCUGCCUGGGCUUUGCCGGCCUCGGAGAAGGGCCCCUGGGUGACGAGGUGCGAGGAAAUCUCCUGCAGCUGGCAGCAGAGCUAGAGAUCCCGGGUUUGAACCUUGCUGAGUUUCUGCAGGCCCUGCGAGGAUUAGAGCCUGAAAGACCAGUUUGCAUCCUGGCCGGCGGAGAGACCGUGGUUCAGCUUCAAGGAAGCGGCAAGGGAGGGAGGAACCAGGAGCUGGCCCUGCGCGUGGGGCUGGGGCUGCACAGGGCACGGGCCAUAGAAGUUGGUGGCCUCGCAGGGAGGUGUGAGAUUGUCUUCCUGAGUGGGGGAACAGACGGGCAGGAUGGGCCGACAGAAGCAGCAGGAGCCUUCUGCAGCCCGGAGCUGGUGGAUGAGGCGCUGCAGGAGGGACUCGAUGCAGAGGCCUUUCUCAGCAACAAUGACUCCUAUACGUUCUUCAGCCAGUUCCAAGGUGGGCGUCACCUCCUGGUGACAGGCUUGACGGGCACCAAUGUCAUGGACAUCCAGGUCAUUUUAAUUAGAGGCGCGGAGAGAUCAUGA